GAAUCAUAUAAAUAAGCCGCAGAACAUGGUCUAAGGCAUCACUUCCACUUGCACUCUCCGUUCAACUGGACAGCCGAGCACCCAGAAAAAUGAAAUUCUUCUUGUUCUGCGCCUUCAUCGCCGCCGUGGCCGCUGAUGUCAGCCACCUGCCAUCUAGCCAGUACCUGCCCCCCGGCCGUGGAGCAGCAUCGGCUCCCGUGGCUUCCUACUCCGCUCCUGCCCAGAGCUACAGCGUAGAGGCCUCGGCCCCAGUUGCUUCCUACUCCGCUCCCGUUGAGUCCAGCUACUCCGUUGCUGCAUCUGCUCCAGCGGUGUCUUAUGCUGCCCCAGCUGUGUCCUACGCCGCUCCUGCCCAGAGCUACUCUGCUCCUGCUGCCACCUACACCGCCGCUGCUUCUGCCCCAGCUGUGUCCUACGCCGCUCCUGCCCAGAGCUACUCUGCUCCUGCUGCCACCUACACCGCCGCUGCUUCUGCCCCAGCUGUGUCCUACGCCGCUCCUGCCCAGAGCUACUCUGCUCCUGCUGCCACCUACACCGCUGCUGCUUCUGCUCCAGCUGUGUCCUACGCCGCUCCCGUCCAGAGCUACGCCGCCCCUGCUGCCACCUACACCGCUGCUGCAUCGGCUCCUGCUGUGUCCUACGCUGCUCCUGCUCAGACCUACACCGCUGCCGCUUCCGCCCCAGCUGUGUCCUACUCCGCUCCCGCUGAGUCUUACGAGACCGCUGCCUCUGAGCCCGCACACACCUUCUCGGCCAACGAUGGAUAUCGUUACAAGACCCACAAGCGCGUGGUCCUCCGCCGUCAUCGUCGUGGUGUGCCCUCCAACGACUACCUGCCCCCUUUCCAGGGCGCCGCUUCCGCCCCAACCAGUGAGUACCUGCCCCCAGCAGCUUCCGCCCCCGCUCCAGUCUACCAGAGCGCUGCCUCUGCCCCAGCUGUGUCCUACGCCGCUCCCGCCCAGACCUAUUCCGCACCUGCUGUCUCCUACGCCGAGCCCGCUGAGAGCUACGAAACCGCUGCUUCUGCUCCUGCCCACUCCUUCUCCUCCAACGAUGGAUACCGCUACAAGACCCACAAGCGUGUGGUGCUCCGCCGUCACCGUCGUGAUGUGAGCCACCUGCCCUCCAACGAUUACCUGCCUCCAGCAGCCUCUGCCCCAGCUCCAGUGUACUCCGCCCCCGCUCAGAGCUACUCUGCUCCCGCUGCCACCUACACCGCUGCUGCCUCCGCCCCAGCUGUGUCCUACGCCGCUCCUGCCCAGAGCUACUCCGCUCCUGCUGCCACCUACACUGCUGCUGCUUCCGCUCCAGCUGUCUCCUACGCUGCUCCCGCUCAGAGCUACUCCGCGCCCGCUCAGAGCUACUCUGCUCCCGAGUACUACAGCGGUGCCGCUUCCGCCCCAGCUGUCUCCUACUCCGCCCCAGCUGCUUCCUACUCUGCCCCCGCUGAGAGCUACGAGACCGCCGCCUCUGAGCCCGCCCACUCCUUCUCCUCCAACGAUGGAUACCGCUACAAGACCCAGCGUCGCGUGGUCCUCCGCCGUCACCGUUACUAGAGGCUCCAACGAACACCCAGCGAACCGAGCCAAAUCCUGUUAUUUGACUCACGGAUUUCACCUGGGAAACGAAAUUAAGAAAGUCAUAAAUAAAAAAAAUAUUGAAAAAUA